AUGUCAAGUCUAUUAAUACAGUGUCAAUCAAGGUCGUCUCUGGCUCUUACCGACCGCCCCACCUGUAGUUUCAAGGAAAACCAGUCAAUAGCCGAAGCACAUUUUACUAGUACAGUAACCCAGGAUCAUUCUGGGCGAUUUGUGGUACGAUUGCCAUUUCUGCGUGAUCCUGAGGUGCUGGGCGAUUCAAGAUUUAUGGCGCAGCAGCGUUUCUUCAACCUUSAGCGAAGGAUGAAUCGAGAUCGUAUGCUGGCUCAAGAAUAUAAAAAAUUCAUGUCUGAGUACAUUAAAAUGGGUCAUAUGGAAGAGGCUAAGGACACAGACCUUCCUACUUACUACCUCCCUCACCAUACUGUGACCAAGGGYGACAGCCUAACCACAAAGACUCGUGUUGUGUUUGAUGGCUCAGCAGUUACAAGAUCAGGCCUAAGUCUUAACGACAUAUUAGUGUGUGGACCACCCGUUCAACCUGAAUUGUUAUCCAUUGUGCUGCGAUUCCGUCUUUAUAGAUAUGCUUUGGUUGCAGACAUUAAAAAAAUGUAUCGCCAGGUCCGUGUUGCACCUGCAGGCUGUGACUUACAGCGAAUAGUAUUUCGAUCAAAUGCUGAUGAGGAAUUAAAGGAUUACAGACUUCUCACUGUCACAUAUGGUACUAGAGCUGCAUCAUUCUUAGCCACACGGUGUUUACUUGAGGCAAGUUAUAUGGUUCAAGAUGCAACUGCUCAGCGUGCUAUACAACAAGAUUUUUACGUUGAUGAUCUAUUGAGCGGCUGUCAGACCGAAGAAGAAUGUUACAACCUGUACCAAGUGAUGUAA